AUGACCAGUUUCGAUAAUCCGGGCCUUUUUUAUCAGGAGCGUUUCUUUGCAAACGAUGACAUUCCUGAUGAAAAUCAAGGACUUAUUGCUGAGUACCGUCAACUUAUGCAGAAAUUUCGGAAGUUCCUUCGAGAAUUCACUGUUGGUGGCUUUGGAAUGAUUUACAGAGACCAGCUGAAGCGAAAUUGUGGGUUGGGAAGGUGUCAUCUAGAAGUAUCGCUAGAUCAUAUUAUGAUGUUUGAUGAAGAGUCAGGCACUAAACUGAAGCAGAAUCCAACACGUUAUUUAUCCGCGCUUGAAGAAGCAGCUAAACUGGUGGCGAUCGAGGUAGCUCAGCCUGCAUCUGAGGAAGAAAGGGAAAUAGAAAGUGUUCAGGUUACGUUAUCGCUUGGUGACCUCCCGACAACUGUCAGAAAACUUAAGGCUACACAAGUUUCACAGUUGGUAAAGAUUUCUGGAGUAGUGGUAGCUGCUGGCCAAGUUCGUUCAAAGUGUACAAGAGUUUCUCUGCAGUGUAGAAGUUGUCGUCAUACGGUGAACAGCGUGGAAUUGAAGCCGGGGCUUGAUGGUUUUGCACUGCCAAGAAAGUGUGGAGCAGAUCAAACAGGACAGCUAAAAAGGUGUCCUUUGGAUCCAUACUACAUAAUGCCUGAUAAAUGCCGUUGUAUUGACGUUCAAACAUUAAAGCUGCAAGAAAACCCAGAAAAUGUUCCUCAUGGAGAAAUGCCGCGUCAUAUACAGCUUUACUGCGAAAGAUACCUGGUUGAUGCAGUAGUUCCAGGGAAUCAAGUAACUGUUGUUGGUGUCUUGUCAAUAAAGAAGUUGCAAAAACAGAAAAAUACUGACAAAAGCUUUUCUGGAACUCGAGCGCCGUAUAUAAGGGUAUUAGGAAUACAAGUCCAGACUUCUGGUGGUGGACGUGUUGACAGACUCUCUUGGACACCUGAGGAAGAGCGGCAGUUUCAAGAGCUGGCAAAGAGGCCAGAUGUAUACGAAGUUAUAACAAGAAGCAUAGCACCUUUUAUUUACGGUUCUGAAGACAUCAAAAAAGCAAUUGUUUGUCUUCUGUUUGGCGGGUCUCGAAAACAAACUCCUGAUGGGCUGACGCGUCGAGGCGAUAUUAAUGUGCUUUUGUUAGGUGAUCCCGGGACUGCCAAAAGUCAGUUAUUGAAAUUUAUUGAAAAGGUUUCUCCAAUUGGUGUAUAUACUUCUGGAAAAGGAAGCAGCGCCGCAGGGCUCACAGCAUCUAUAAGUCGCGAUCCGCAGUCUCGGUCUUUCUAUUUGGAAGGUGGCGCCAUGGUUUUGGCAGAUGGCGGUGUAGUUGGUAUUGAUGAGUUUGAUAAAAUGAAAGAAGAUGAUAGGGUUGCUAUUCAUGAAGCUAUGGAACAGCAGACAAUUUCUAUUGCCAAGGCUGGGAUAACUACAACAUUGAAUUCCCGGUGUUCUGUUGUUGCAGCCGCGAACUCUGUAUAUGGAAGAUGGGAUGAAGGAAAAGGCGAUGAGAACAUUGAUUUUAUGCCAACGAUUUUAUCCCGUUUUGACAUGAUAUUUAUUGUGAAGGACGCUUUCGAUGCUGCUAAAGACUCUGCUUUGGCUAAACACGUUCUUUCCGUUCAUAGUUAUGGUUCUGUGACCGAGGAACACGGAAAACCCGCUGAAGGGGAAUUAAGCGUUGAAUUUCUCAAAAAGUACAUUUGGUUCUGCCGCAACAACUGCGGCCCGCGUAUAUCUGAACCUGCCAGCAAGAAGUUAGUUAAUCAUUACGUUCGUCUGCGGAAUCCGGUUGCGAGUUUUAAAUACGUUUAUAAAUUAGGUAACAAUGCUGCAAUCUCGAUUACGGUACGCCAGUUGGAGGCAAUUAUCAGGAUAAGUGAAGCUCUUGCCAAAAUGGAGCUCCUUCCAUUUGCAAACGAGAAACAUGUUGAUGAGGCUCUGCGUCUUUUUAGGGUCUCUACUGUCAAAGCAGCUGAGGGCGGACAUCUUAUUGGUGUUGAGGGCUUUACAAGCCCCGUAGAUCAAGAAAUGGCAAUUCGUGUCGAAAAGCAACUUAAAAAACGUCUAGCUUUGGGAAACCACGUCUCUGAAUAUUUGGUCAUCCAGGACUUCCUUCAGCAGAAUUAUCCAGAAUUGAUAAUCAGAAAAGUUAUACAAUCGUGUAUACGUAAAGGGGAGUUACAGUACCGGAUGCAAAGAAAAAUGCUUUACCGUGUACGAUGA